ACUUAGACUUCUUCUGUAAGACUUCCUUCUCUCUUACUAUUUCAUGUUCUUUGAGCCAAACUUUCUCUUUCCUUUAUCUUCCUCUUCCUUUUUUCUCUGCAUUCAAACAACCUCACAAUACCAAUAAUUUAGUCCCACAAGAGAUGUCUUAUUUCUGGUUUCUUAAACUCAUCGUCAAGUGCCUUGAUCAUUGCGCAUGGCCUGUUCUUGCUCUGGGGUACCCUUUAUGUGCUUCUGUACAAGCAAUUGAGACCAAUUCCUAUAGAGAAACCAAGGAUUUGAUAUCGUAUUGGAUACUCCUCUCGCUGAUAUACAUACUUGAGUAUGUUUUUUCUGGGCCUCUUGAAUGGAACCCGUUCUGGCCUUACACGAAGCUAAUGAUCAUCUUCUGGCUCGUUGUGCCAGACUUUGGACGGGCUUCUUAUGCCUACAAUAAUAUUAUUCGAACAUGCCUCUCAAAUCCAGAAGCAAUCAUACGUAGUUUCAAUAACUGGAGGAAGUCUUUUGUCAAGAAAGAUAACUUUUUAGUGCAUGCAGAGAGAUAUUUGGAAGAGUAUGGAACAGAAGCCUUAAUGAAACUCAUUGCUAGCAAGACAAAUGGAGAAGAGAUCCAAACAGAGCACAAAGCCACUAAAGAUUCGGAGGUGAUCGUGAAAAAAGAAAUUCCUACAGACAUCCAAGUAAAGUAUGUUCCUGUGGUGCGUGAACUUGAGCAAAGUGAGAAUGGUUCAGCAAGCAUGUUGGAAACUGUAGGAACUGCUGCCAUGAAAGAGGUUGGUGAGAGUUCUACACAGAAGGAAGUUAAAGUUCAGAAGGAGUGGACUUGCGCUCUAUGCCAUGUAACAACAUCGAGCGAGAAAACCUUGAAUUCACACCUGCAAGGAAGCAAACACUUGGCCAUGUUGAUUGGUCUGAAGACAAAGAAUCAACCUGUUUCACAGAAGAAUCUGCAAAAGAAACCUGCUGGGGUGAAUAUUAAAGAAGUAAUAUGUGAAAUCUGUAAUGUGAAAUGCCCUUGCGAGAUUACCUUCGCCUCUCACAGAAAUGGGAAGAAGCAUUUGGCUAAAGUUCAAAGUUUAUUCUGAAGUGUCUGAAUAACAGGUAAACAAUAAGUUUCUUUUCAGUUGAAAGUCACAAUGGUUGUUAUUAUUCCUAGUUGGAGACUUUGUUUUAGUAUUAUGUUUCGUCAACUUCAGAACAUUCGAUGUUUUUCUUUGUACUAGAUGUACAACGUUUUAUCUACUUAAUAACGUAUGAACCUUUAAACCACUUGUGGUAAAAAACAUGAAUUCAUUUCAUGUUUUUUUUUUUCCUAAGAA